GCGAGCCGGGGCACCGGGCGGCGGCGGCGGCGCGCGCCAUGUCUUUCAGUGAAAUGAACCGCAGGACGCUGGCGUUCCGAGGAGGCGGGUUGGUCACCGGCGGCGGCGGCGGCUCCACGAACAAUAACGCUGGAGGGGAGGCCUCGGCUUGGCCUCCGCAGCCGCAGCCGCGACAGCCCGCGCCGCCCGCGCCCCAGCAGCCCAAUGGGCGCGGGGCGGACGAGGAAAUGGAAUUGGAGGGCCUGGAGCCCCAAGACGCGGAGGCCUCGGCCGGGGCGGCCGCCGCCGAGGACGCCAAGGAGUUGCUGGUCCCCCAGGACACGGGCGGCCCCGCCUCGCUGGGCGGCGGCGCUGGGGGCCCCCUGUUAGCGGAAAGGAACCGUCGGACUCUGGCCUUCCGCGGAGGUGGCGGCGGGGGUCUCGGCAACAAUGGCAGCAGCCGCGGCCGCCCCGAGACCUCGGCGUGGCCCCUUCGGCAUUUCAAUGGGCGAGGGCCGGCGGCCGUGGAGCUGGAGCUGGACGCGCUGGAGGGGAAGGAGUUGAUGCCGGACGGCGCGUCCCUGAGCGACAGCACCGAGGACGAGGAGGAGGGGGCGAGCCUGGGCGACGGCAGUGGGGCGGAAGGCGGCAGCUGCGGCAGCAGCAGGCGGUCGGGCGGCGAUGGCGGGGACGAAGUGGAGGGCAGCGGUGUGGGAGCUGGCGACGGAGAGACUGUCCAGCACUUACCGCUCGCGCGGCCCAAGUCACUCCUGCAGAAGCUCCAGUGCUCCUUCCAGACCUCCUGGCUCAAGGACUUCCCUUGGCUGAGGUACUCCAAGGAUACCGGCCUGAUGUUUUGCGGCUGGUGCCAGAAGACCCCCGAGGAUGGGGGCAGCGUGGACCUUCCCCUGGUGGGCCAUGAUGAGCUUUCACGAGGGACCCGCAACUACAAGAAAACCCUGCUCCUGAGGCACCACGUCUCCACCGAGCACAAACUCCACGAAGCCAACGCCCAGGAGUCAGAAAUACCAUCAGAGGAGGGGUACUGUGACUUUAAUAGUAGGCCAAAUGAGAACUCUUAUUGCUAUCAACUUCUUCGACAACUAGAUGAACAGAGAAAGAAAGAUAUUCUUUGUGAUGUCAGCAUUGUGGUGAGCGGGAAAAUCUUUAAAGCUCAUAAGAACAUCCUGGUUGCAGGCAGCCGUUUCUUUAAGACUUUAUAUUGUGUUUCAAACAAAGAAAGCCCUAACCAAAACAAUACUACCCAUUUAGAUAUUGCUGCAGUUCAAGGUUUUUCAGUCAUCUUGGACUUCUUGUAUUCUGGUAACCUGGUGCUCACAAGCCAAAAUGCCAUUGAAGUGAUGACAGUGGCCAGCUAUCUUCAAAUGAGUGAAGUUGUUCAAACUUGCCGAAAUUUCAUUAAAGAUGCCUUAAAUAUAAGCAUUAAAUCAGAAGCUCCAGAGUCUGUAGUUGUGGACUAUAAUAAUAGAAAACCAGUUAAUAGAGAUGGUCUGACUUCAUCACGGGAUCAAAAAAUUGCCAGCUUUUGGGCAACACGGAAUCUGACCAAUUUGGCAAGUAAUUUAAAAAUUGAAAAUGAUGGUUGUAAUGUCGACGAGGGCCAAAUAGAAAACUACCAAAUGAAUGACAGUCAUUGGGUCCAGGAUGGUUCUCCUGAAUUGGCUGAAAAUGAAUCUCAAGGUCAAACAAAAGUAUUUAUUUGGAAUAAUAUGGGCUCCCAGGGAAUUCAAGAGACUGGCAAAACAAGGAGGAAAAACCAAACUACAAAGAGAUUUAUUUAUAAUAUACCACCUAAUAAUGAAACAAAUUUAGAAGAUUGUUCAGUGAUACAACCACCUGUUACCUAUCCAGAAGAAAAUAAGGCCCUAAUCAUCAAGGAAGAACCAGAUUUGGAUGGUGCUCUACUCUCAGGGCCUGAUGGUGAUAGGACUGUGAAUGCAAAUUUAUUGACCGAAGCCUGCUCUGGUCAAGAUGCAGGUGAUGCUGGAGCGUCACAUGAUUUCAAGUAUAGUUUGAUGCCUGGCACUUCAAGUGAUUUCAAGUAUGGAUUGAUACCAAGUACUUCAAAUGAUUUCAAGUAUGGACUGAUACCAGGUGCCUCAAAUGAUUUCAAGUAUGGAUUAUUGCCAGAAUCUUGGCCAAAACAAGAAACCUGGGAAAAUGGUGAAUCAUCUCUAAUCAUGAAUAAAUUAAAAUGCCCUCAUUGUAGCUAUGUAGCCAAAUACAGACGAACACUAAAAAGACACUUGCUCAUUCAUACUGGAGUAAGAUCAUUUAGCUGUGAUAUUUGUGGAAAGCUGUUUACUAGAAGAGAACAUGUAAAAAGACAUUCCCUGGUGCAUAAAAAGGAUAAGAAAUACAAAUGUAUGGUGUGUAAGAAGAUCUUCAUGUUAGCAGCCAGUGUUGGAAUAAGACAUGGAUCUCGACGCUAUGGUGUUUGUGUAGACUGUGCAGAUAAAUCCCAGCCAGGAGGACAAGAAGGUGUGGACCAGGGACAGGAUACAGAAUUCCCUCGAGAUGAAGAAUAUGAGGAGAAUGAAGUAGGAGAACCUGAUGAAGACCUGGCUGAUGAUGGAGAAGAUCAGAAUGAUCCAUCUCGAUGGGAUGAAUCAGGAGAUGUUUGUAUGUCUCUGGAUGAUUAACUGACCUACAAUACUCCUCAAGGAUGCUGCAUUAGGACAUACUAUGAAUCGACAAUUUAGAUUGUUGAACUUUGAAGGCUUGCAAAAUAAUGGUACAUGCUGGAUGGUAGUUAUGUUGCUGUGAAAACUGUAGGGUUAAAGCCUUAUAGCAAAAAAAAAAUUUUUUUAUAUUUGCACAGGACUGUACAGCAAACAACCAUGUGGUUGGAUUACAUGGAGUCCCCACAUAUUCAGUCAGUUAUCAAAGUAAAAUAUUUUUUAUUUAUAGCAUAUACAGUUAACUAUUUGGGUUCUAUGAAAAUAUAGUACUUGUCCUUUAUAGAGUUUACAUUCAUGUGUCACUUUAACAUGAAUGAAGAAAAUCCAUUUAUGGAAGUACAGUGACAGUUGACCCAAUCACUCUGUCCAUCAAACCACUCAGGCUAGUUUGUACUAGUAGAGUUUUGUUUCUAUUUUUAUUUUUAUUAAUUUUAUUUUUUUUUAAUACAGAUUUUUUCAGUGAGGGGCUUUUUCAACCCCAUUGGUUCUAUUUUCUUGUUUUUUUUUUUUUCAUUUUAAUUUGCUUCAUUAACUUAAACCAAGUCUCCUCUAAUCUUAGAUAUUAUUCCUCAGUUUUGUGCUGAUAGGCAUGUUUAUAAGAACUGGAGAGGUAAUUUAUUGGAAUGAAUUAACUGACUUCCCCUACUUCCCUUUCCUUUUUUGACAUGAAUUUUACUACUUCACAAAUGAAGAAUGAUGUUGCAAAGUUACCGUGGUGAAGUUGACAAAUACCACUAAAAUGAUUAUGAUACAGAAAAGUAACUCUUCUCCUGCUGCUCUGAUCUGAUACAUGGUUACUUAUAUGAUAUUUUCUGACAUGGUUCUGGGUUUUGGGUAUCUGUUACUUUGGCACUAUUCGUGUUGGCCUCUUACAUUUUUGCCAGUGUACUAUACCUCAGCCUUAUUUGAAAUACAGAAAUCUAAUUGAAGUCGUAUAAAAAUAAGUAAAGUGAUUUGUUUGAUAAUUUAUCCUCCAUGUCCAGUUUGGUUAGCUUUGUUAUGCAAUAUGAGUGAAUAUCAGGUUUUUGCUCCUGUGCCCUUUUAUCAUUAAAAUUAACACAAAAUGUGCAUUCUCUUUUGUUUCAUACUUACCGGGAUGUUGAGUGUUUUUUAAAUUAUGGUUGAUAUUAAUUUAUUUUUCCAUUCCUUAAAGUCACUACACAUUGAUGAUGUCUUUGUCAUCAUCAUGAUUCAACAAUCUGCAAAAAUCUUAAUUAAAAUGUUGAGAGACUAUUAUUCUACUACCUAAAUUCUUUAGGAAUCAAAGGGUGACAUAGUCGACUGUUAUUUAUUUAGCCUGGAGACAGAUGAACUCACUGGUAGUAGAACUCUCAGCAGCUUUUUAUGUGUUAGCUUGGGUGACAGUUAUCAGGAGCAUAUUGUAUAUUAUAUAAAAUUCAGAGACAUCAUAUUUUCAGCUUUCUUUUAAAUAAAAAGUGAGUAUAUUUUCCUAUUUUAUAUCAAGUAACAAAAUUAGGCUAGUCAUGUGGAAGAAAUCUCAGAGAUGCUUUGACAGAUACAAUCCUUUGGUGCUCCAUCUGAUCAAAGUUGAAAGUUGAUUUUCUUAAAGAGAGAUUUUCUCAUUGCUUCUGAUUUCAGUAGAAUGAUGGUUUAAUGUUAGACAGUGAAGUUUCUGCCUAGAUAAAUCAAAGAAAAUACUACAGUUACAUGGAUGGAUGCACCUUUUGCCAUCUAAAAUUUAUUGUCAUUUUUUAUGUAACUAGAAGCACGGCAGACAAAUGGUUUUGGUUUGAUUUAUUUUUAUUUUUUUAACUGAAGAAUACACCUUCUUCUCAGUAUUUGAAACAAAUGAGUAAAAUGUCAUUCUAGUGAGGUCCAAAGUAGAAAUAGUUGGGCAAAGAUAUUAUGAAUGAAAAAAUAUUUUAAACGUAAAAUGUUCUGCUUUGUGAAUAUGUAAGUAUAGUAUAAAGAUUUCUUUCAUCCCAUUUAUCCCCUUCCUUUAAAAUAAACCAUAGUUUACAAUUGGUAGAUCUGUCUAUAUAUAAAUAUAUAUUAAAGAGCAAAUAUAUAUAUCUAAAAAAAAUCACCUAAAUCUGCUUUAUUAGACAAUAGUUCACUUAUUGCAUAGAAACUGGACUUGGCUUUACAUUCUUAAUGUACUUUUACUUUUUCCUCAAGAUACAAACUUAUUCUCUUGAAACAGAAUUUUCUUUUAUUACUUAAAUCAUUUAUGUAUAUCUGGUAAAUUAUGACCAAAUUUUUGUUAGAUUGCAAAAUACACACUUGGUACACUACAGGAUUGUUGUGCUUUUGUUUUGGCUUUAGUUAGAAACAGGUUUGAUGUAGAUAACUUGUUACUGUUAAUUUAAAAUAUUCUAUAAUUGUCCGUUGCCUUUUACGUCGUGUCGUGACAGAUUUGGCUAUGUUUCUAGUAAUCUGAAAUAUGAUACUUUAAAGUUUGUUUUUAGGUAAUCCAAAGGAAAAAAUGUUUAUACUCUUGAAUAUAUAUUAGCCUCAGCCUAUAUAAAAAUUUCUUUGAAGUAAACACUUUGCCAGAAACAGAAUAGACAGGUUUUUCUACUUGCUGACUGCCUAACUUAUUUUGUUUCAUGGUCUUGAGGGACUGCCUUUUUUUUCCCUUCUAGAUCUUUUUAAAAAGUUUUAGUACUAAAGUAUACUACUGGACGUUUCUAUUUUUUUAAGUAUAUUCCUUUUCUGAAAGUACAACUUCAGGAAGUUGAUAAAUAUCUAAGAACUUUUGAUUGGUCUCAGAAAGGUAAUGGAAUGAAUACUCAUAAUUUUGUCUGGAAGUCUGGCAGAAUUAUGUUGUACAUUUGGUGAAGUUUUUCUUUUGUAAUUUAUAUUUUAAAUAAAAUAUUUUUAGAGUUUUUAAUUUUAAUGAAGGGGAAGAGCAUAAACUUUCAUAUUCCACAGUAGUGACUAUCCCUCAUAAGUAAAGCAAGAUCAUUGAUCACUUAGGUUCUCCCAGACAGCUGCUUCCAUAUGAUCCCUCUUUUGUCACAGUUCUUGACCCUCUUUUUUUUCUUAUUUACUAGACAGUUUGUCCAGUUUUAGCACCCUAGUAAUCAAGAGCUUGGAAGAAAACACAUUAGAAGAGGAAACUGGACAAUAACCAGUAGCUUUGAAUUUGGGGCCAAAAUACAGUAGCCUGUUUAAGUUGAGGCAUCCUGAUAGAGCUGUGUUAAGUCACUGCAGUUCAUAAAUUCUGGUGCACACUAAGCACACAGUACACGUCAGUGUCUAAUAGGAACCAAGAUGAAGAGAAGAAAUGAGGAGCUGCUUGGAAAGAGGGAGAAGACAGGAAAUGACUGAAUCAGAGCUUGGGGAAGGCCUGAAGAUGACUGGAGUUUAUAAAUGUGGGAAAUGAGAAGCUUAGGAUUUUCCUGAACACAGCAGAAGUUUAGAUCCAUAUCUCUGAUUUAUGAUUCUAAAAGUUGCCGGUUUUUGUUUGGUUUUUUUGUGCCCACACUUGCUAUUUUGUUGUCUGCCUUAUUUUUUCUAAUACCUAUAAGGUAGGUGCUAUUCUCUCUGUUUUACAAGGCUCAGAGAAAUUCAGGAACUCACCUAAUUACACAGCUUACUAGAGCUGGCUUCCAUCAGGUCUGAUUCUGAAGCCCCUCCCCCUGCUCUUUCUAGGAGGUUCUAUUAGUACCUCAAACCUUUUUUUUGGGGGGGGGGUAAACUUUUUUUCCUUAAAACAGCUAUAUUUAAGAAUUUUGUAUCUUUUCUGCUCCCAAUAAAUGUCCUUGUCACUCUUCCAGUAAAGUUGUUUUUGUCACUUGGACUCAAAUAAAAUACACCUCAGUGUUGCAGAUGCUACUAGUUAGUGGGUGGUAGCAUUUUCACUUUUAAAAAGGAUGUUUUUUUUUUUAAUUUAAAGAACUAGGUAUAAGCCCUGUUUUUUGUGCUGUUCAGUCACCCGGAUCCUUAAACUCAACUAUGGUACCUAAUCAAUCAACACACUUAGAACUAACAGGUGUUUUCUUAGUCACUUGAGGUUUUAAAGUAGAACGUUACUUGUUUCCUCUCUCCCUGCUGCAUCCCAGCCUCCAAGGGAAGUUUAAAAUGUGUUAGGGAUAAGCACACUUUCAAAAAUGUUUUCUAGCCCUGGACUUUAAGACAUUGGGUACUUAAAUUUAGAGUACACUAGCUAUUGAGAACAAGAUUUUGGGUUCAAGAAAGGGGGGAUGCCUGAGGCCAUUCUGGUAUGGGAGAAUCACCAUUUUAAAACACUGUAAACAUUAAAAAGAACACUUCUUCUGCCUGCUGUUUGUGAAAGCUCUCUGGGAAGAUCUUUUACGAAGACCAGUUUUUUAAAUGUAAUUUACCUACCUAAUAAAAGUGUCCUAAGACAUGUAUGUAAACCUCCAAAACUGUUUGUGUAUUUAGAAAAUACACAAGAAUCUUUAUCAAACUUAAAAAUAUAAACUUGUGAGCACUAAA